AUGGGGAAAAAUUAUUUGGGAAGUGCAAAAAUAAAAGGAUAGGAUAGGAAUAAUAAAGAUGGACUCGUGACAGUGAGAAUUCAUUUAAGGAGGGCUUGGGGUGUAUGGAGUAAAUCCAGCAAAGACUUUCUCCCACCAAAGAUCUCUCUUGAACCCAAAAGUUUCUCUGAAUCCGUACCCGAUCACACACACGAUGGACCCAACCCAAAACCCCAACCCGGUUUACGAUAUCGUCAUACUCGGAGCAUCCGGAUUCACCGGAAAAUACGUCGUCCGGGAAGCUCUCAAGUUCCUCCAAACUCCUUCUUCUCCGUUAAAGUCCCUAGCUUUAGCGGGUCGCAACCCGACCCGGUUAACCCAGUCUCUCGAGUGGGCAUCCCGCCCGAACCCGCCUCCUUCCUCCGUCGAUAUCCUCACUGCUGAUACGUCAGACCCGGAUUCACUUCGCCGUCUCUGUACUCAGACCAAACUCAUCCUCAACUGUGUCGGACCGUUCCGUAUCCAUGGCGAUCCCGUCGUCGCCGCUUGUGCCGACUCUGGGUGUGAUUAUUUGGAUAUAAGUGGUGAGCCAGAGUUCAUGGAGAGGAUGGAAGCUAAGUACCACGAAAGAGCACAAGAGACUGGCUCUCUAAUCGUUUCCGCUUGUGGUUUCGAUUCAAUCCCUGCUGAGUUGGGUCUCCUCUUCAACUCCAAGCAAUGGGAGCCUCCAUCGGUUCCUAACCAGAUCGAAGCAUACCUCGCCUUGGAGUCUACCAAAAAGAUUGCUGGAAACUUUGGGACUUACGAGUCUGCGGUUCUUGGUGUUGCCAGUGCAGAGAAGCUUAAAGAACUGAGACGUUCAAGACCAAGAAAGCCUAGACCAUCUAUUCAUGGUCCACCGGCUAAAGGGCCAACGCUAGAGAACCAGAAGAAGAUUGGUCUCUGGGCUUUGAAGCUACCUUCUGCUGAUGCAGUAGUUGUUCGUAGAACACUCACAACUCUAACGGAGAAGCCACAUGGGCUCCCUGGGCUUAACGAGAGUCCUGAUCAGAUACAAAAGAGAGAAGCUUUCUGGUCAGCGAUCAAGCCGGCUCACUUCGGCGUGAAGAUAACAUCCAAAUCUCUCUUUGGUAUAUUCCGUUACGUCACACUUGGCGUCUCCCUUGGUCUGCUUUCCAAGUUCUCCUUCGGAAGAUGGCUUCUUCUGAAGUUCCCUUCUGUUUUUAGCCUCGGCUGGUUCCAGAAGAAAGGUCCUAGUGAAGAAGAGGUGGAGAGCGCUACGUUCAAGAUGUGGUUCAUUGGUCGUGGCUACAGCGAAGAGAGUCUUGUCUCGGAAGGGAAGACAAAGCCUGACAUGGAGAUUAUCACGAGAAUCUCGGGACCUGAGAUUGGGUACAUAACCACGCCGAUAGCGCUUGUGCAGUGCGGUUUGAUAGUGUUGGGGCAGCGCGAAAGCCUAGUUAAGGGAGGAGUCUACACACCAGGGAUUGUGUUUGGUUCAACCGAUAUCCAGCAGCGACUUGAAGACAAUGGCAUAUCCUUUGAGGUCAUUUCAAAGAACAAGAUCCAAGACUAGAAAGUGAUAUGUUUCCUCUUCUCAAUGCUUUUUUCUUUUCUGUUUCGUAAGUUAUGUGUUUGGUCCACCUAAUAAGUUGCUUGUCUAUGAGAGGACAGUUUAGUCUUUUUUAAGUUGUAAUAAAGUGAAAACUUUACUCAGUAAACAGAUCAUCCUCUUGAAAAAAAUUGGAUGGUGAGAAAAUUGUCUAUCAUUUACCAAAA